AUGAAAUCAAGUGGAAGGGCGCCUUGGUUUGAACAAAACCCCUUCAACACGACAGCUAAUUCAGAAUUACCUGGAUACCAGCGAGUCAUAAUCCAAGUGUUGGCGUACGUGGUAACUCACACCUUUGGCUUGCGGCUUAUCUAUCCCGGGUCGAUGGCGAUACUCCAAAGCAUGCUGUCUAUGAGGAACCAGUCGCUGCCGUCGCAGGGCAAGAUCCUGGUCAUAUGCUGCGAGGGAAAUUCUGGUUUCUAUGAGUUUGGUAUCAUGACCACUCCUGUCAAGGCAGGCUAUUCGGCACUUGGGUGGAACCAUCCCAGGAUUUGCGGAGAGUACGUCUUUGAAGGUUUUGCCCCAGCUAUUUUUAAUGGUAUACAGAGGGGAGGAGGGGGGAAUAAGCAGAUGUGUCCCCUGAGGAAUAUUACUUUCAAAAUGUCGCACAUUAACGACCUAAUAGGCGUAUUGAGGGGCUUACGUCUUGUGGCGGAGGCAGGGAUCAAAACACAAAAAGAAGCCACCAGCCUAAUAUGGCAUAACUCGAGCAUGAAGGCUCUCGCUCAAAACUGUCCUAGUACUAAUCCUCUUGCUUUCAACCCCAAUCCAACUGCAGUCAAAGAGUUCAUGGAGAGAGCCCUAGUUGUCGCACAUGGAUUUAGACAGUAUGCAUUAAUCCAAAUUCCUAAUUUAAAUAAUACUGUAGAUCAACCAAAAAUGGAUCAACAUCUGCAGGAAGAGCUUGAAGAGUUGAACAGAGAAUUUAACAGGACAUUUGAGUAUCUAAACGAAGCUCAAAGCAAAAAAGAUAGGGCUAUUUCCGAGGCCGACCUUAUAUCGCCACUGGAGGAUUUAAAGGUUAAAUCUGAAAUAGUUGCAAAGCCACAACCCAAACCUCAGACAUUGACUCCACCGCCACCUAAGGACAGUAAUACUUCACAAAUUAUUACACCGCCUGUUCCGAAACCAGUUGCAAAGAAAAAGAUGAGAAUUGCAGUGAGUGUCAGAAUCAAUUUUAAAUUGUUUAGAUAA